CUAACCCUGAAGAAGCCUCAGUCACAAUUUCAUUCUGAGAGGACACCAACUGAAACUGUUGUUUUGAUCAUUCACAGGGUCAAUGAUUUGAAGACUGGUAAUCUGAUAGGAAUUGACAAAUAUGGAAACAAAUACUAUGAAGACAAAAGAAACUUCUUUGGUCGGCACAGAUGGGUUGUAUAUACUGAGGAAAUGAAUGGCAAAAAUACCUUCUGGGAAGUUGAUGGAAGCAUGGUGCCCCCUGAAUGGCAUCGCUGGCUGCACGCAAUGACGGACGACCCUCCAACCACUCAUCCACCAGUUGCUCGUAAAUUUAUCUGGGAGAAGCAUAAAUUCAAUGUGAGUGGCACUCCUGAGCAGUACGUGCCUUACUCCACUACUCGCAAGAAGAUACACGAGUGGAUCCCACCCAAACCAGCCAGCAAAUAGCAACAGCAACAGCAUGACUUGGCUCAGCUUGGGCUUUCAGUGUAAAUUGUAUUUUCACUGGUUUUCUUCGGAAUAAAAGCCUCCUAUAGGAAUUGUACUUUAGUUUAUUGAAUUGGGGGCAGGAAACAAGUGAGAAAAUUUUGGAAAUAGGACAGAAUACAUGACAAGUCUUAAUCUCAUCAAGAUAUUGUGCUUUUUCUCAUAUUGUCAGUGUCCUGUCUUCACAUAAGCAGCUCUCUUUUUAGCAUGAUAAUCAUUCCUGUGAUAGUUACUCAUAUUUGUGUCACUCAGCAGAAUACAAUGUGUAUGCAUUUGAAAUACAGAUUUCUCAUCUUCAACAUCA